UCUGUAGGGACAGGAUUGGUAUCUCCCAGCGCGCGCCAACAGUGUGCCUGUUGCGAAGCGCCGUUAUCGUCUGCUCGGGAAAAGCCGUGCAGAAAAUACUUCCGGUUGCGGCGAUCACGACACGAUGGACAGUCUUGACCAGAUUUUGCAGGAUGUGGAAGAAGUUCUAUUCGUUGAUUCUGAGAAUGAUGUUUGUGGAAAGAUACCACAUGACAAAAAUAUCAAAGUGAACAUUGAUUUGGUAGACCAAGUCUGUGAGAAACUGAUUGCUAAUAACUGCAUGCCUACAGAGGUACAUGAAGCUUGCAGGAGUGUUGACAGACAAGAACUUGUGUCUCGAAUGCAGUUCCUGGAAAGAUGUUUUGAACUGCCAAAGACCUGUUUAAAGAACAGCAGCAAGGAAAAAGUGUGGACAAAAUUCCACAUGGCAAUGAAAGAUCAAGACAACCUUCGGUCACUUGAUGAGAUGGUCACUUCAGCUGUCUCACCAUGGCACUGUUUUGAAGCUUUGAAUAUUAUGAUUCGUACUGUUUUUGACAAAUUUUUUGAAGACAGAAAUCAAAUACACAGAAAAAGGAAAUCAAUCACUUAAUGAUAUAGAAAAGAACAUUACUCAUUAUAUUGGAGGAGCAGUUUUGCAAAAAAUCAAGAAAAAAACUUACAGACUUAAGGACCAAGAGGAAAAAACAGGAAAUCUUGACUAUAUUAGAGUCACUUUCAGCUAACAGUUCUGAAAGCACUUUAAGCUUAACAUCUUUACUAGACAGAGGAGGGCUUGUGACACUUCAUCCAAAUAUAGAACUUUUGUUUGCAGAACUCGAAAUUACUUUUAGAGCAAUGUUCAGUGGAUUUUCUUCUUCAGCAAUAUCCUUUCAGGCCUACCUCCAGGAAUGUUCUAUUUCAACAGUUUCAAAAAAAUUUUAUGAUCAUCUCUACUCAGUGUGCACCCAAGAAAAUAAAAAAGAGAAAGUCCUUAAGGAUGUGAUAUACAUUUAUUACAAGACCACAAGUGCAAGACAUUUAUGGAUGACUUUUAUCGGCGUUCAAAAAAGGAAAAGAGAGAAAAGGGAACCAGAAAACGGUUGAAACAAGCACACAAAAUUUGAAAGUCAUGAGAUGAGCAAUGCUGGAUGAUGAGCAGAACUAUUAUUAGAAAUGAGUGAUGAGUGACAGCUGAGGUUGUUAUUGUGAUGAGAGAUAUUAAACUGACGUGAAGAUGAUAACUAAUGAUGGUGGUGUAAAAACAGGAACAAUUGUUGGUAAGAAAUGAGGGGGAAAAAAUCAGAUUGUGGUGGUUAAGUUUGUGUGGUAUUUACACAACAGGCGUUUUAUGAUAUACAUAGACUACACUUACACAUCAUAAUUAUGAUUAUUAUUUUUAGCAUAUUCAAGCUGGAGCAUACUGAAUAGUUUUCCAACUGCUUUAUGAUUACCCCAGAAAAAAAUUAUAAAUUAGAAUUGGCUGUAAACAGAGACUCCUGAAACACAUUAUUUCUUGCCCCUCCUCCAUCCCCACACCUAAAACUUCUCAUGCUAAAUCUUCGUUUUUACUGACUGGAGGUUUCCUAGGUUGAGACUUUGGAGUUUCUACACUGGUGGUAUUAGUAAGGUUGGCAGGCUGCCUGGUACCAAUGAACGUUUUCCACCAGCUGACAACAACAGA